AUGUCCCGAGCAAUGCUGAGCAUGAAACAACACGAAAUGGGUGAUCGAACCAACUGUAUCAGCUCGGUAGGAGAGAUGGAUAGCAAGCGUAACCCCCAAAGGCGUCGAGUUCCUGUCGCAUGUGGUCGAUGCCGACGACGAAAGAUCAAGUGCAGCGGGGAUUCUGGCGAUGGCCAGGGCUGCUCCAACUGCCGUAGUGCUGGAAAUACGGACUGUCAGUUCUUACGAGUGAAUUCCAGUGCCGUUCUUCCCAAAGGUACAGGUUGGCCAUACCCAAAUGCAGUUGGGAUGGCAGCUUCUCCCCGGAUGAGGGUAUAUACGCCACAUGUAUCUGGCAAGUCGACGAUCCUUUCUAUGGGCUCGCCACAGACUCGCAUGUCCGGGUUCCAGCGAGCCUCGGAUUUCGAUCUUGGAACUGAUGCGCAGGGCUUUCCGCGGCCAGUUGGUCUCGAUUCUAUUCAUUAUGAGAAUGAACAGGGUGGGAACUAUAAUCAGUCCCCAGCAUAUAUGCUUCCCAAUGGUCCCUCAGGGAUGCUGGACUACGAAACAUCGUCAUGGAGCUCUAAGAACUGGGAAAAUGUGUUGAACGUCAACAGAUCCGCUAAUGGGGGCAUCUAUUCUGACACCGAUACGAAUGGCCCUAUGGGACAAUCCCCUUACAACUACAUGGUUACAAGUCAAGGCAUUCCUUCCCAUGAAAUUUCUCAAACGACCGCUGCUGCCAUGAACAUGGUCUCUGUCUCAGAAGUUCCAGGGUCAGACCGAACACUCCCCACACCUACUAGUCGGUCACAGCAGGCCCCAGGCAACGCAUCGACCAUGAAAAUCCUUGCAGAAGGCAUGUCCGGACUCUCCGUUCCGUCCGACUUCAAAGGGUCCUACUGGAAUCAAAGAUGUGUAGACCAAAACCAAAGAACCCAUACAGUUCCCAGCAAUGCGCCAUUCCAGAGCAGCACAUCCCAAUCCACAAAAUGCAACAGCAGCAGCAACAGCAACAACGCUGCCCCCGAGCUUAUCUUCCCUUACCUAUCGCUCUCCUCCUCUACAACCGAUGGUUCCUCUCCAUCUCUAUCAACUGCAGUCCCAGCAUCCUCCACAACUAGCAGCAGCAACACCUCAUACGCCGGACUAUCAAUGGAAACUAGUCUCGACAGCCCAUCUCAGGACUACCACACCCUACCAAGCGAUACUCGCCUAGCACGCAGCUUUUCCCGAGACGAAAGCACCUCCAACCAACGCCUUCUCGCCUUGUCGAAUGAAUGCUCGCCAGAUAUCUACGGCUACAGCAGUACCGAGAAGAGCAGCAAAGGCCGACCCGAUGAAUCAGGGUGCUCUUCAACUCUCAUAAGCGGACUACCCUAUACAAGAGUUCGAUAUGCCGACCCCCCCAAGCAACAUGUUCCCAUGCGGUUUGCUCCCGGAUAA